AUUCGGUAUACGCAUGGUUUCGAAUAGUGUAUCUACGAGCGUCUACCAGAUAGUUCCCUACCACUAUUUGUUCUUUGGCAGAUCGGUAAGCGAAACGAUGUCGGGGCACUGUUAGUGAUUGCUACACAGUGUAUGCUCAAUUUACCAAGGCCCACAGCACUAAUAGCCGAAACAGCACUUUCCAUUCUACCGGGCCCCUAUAUAUUAACUGAUAAAAGAACGCAAACUCUGAUAGUUAAAAUGAACUCAACAGACUACUGGACACAGUAGACUUUCUUUUUUCUCAAUUUAAUGGAGUAUUAUACAAAAAAAAAAAUCAGUGGUGAUGUGCUCAGUGUUCGACUUGAAAGCGUAUAGUGUUAGUGAUUCGAUUUUGUUUUCCCCUAUCUAAUAGCUUAAAAAAGUUACUCAGCAUCUGAAAGCUCGAAAGUACUACAUUAAAUUUGCGAUCGCAAAGAAUGAUCCGAGUUCAUAGAAAGCACCUCGUGGAAUAUCAAGUAAAUUGCGAUCAAAAAAUGAGAAACAUUCUGUGAAAAAAAGAUUUAUGGAGUGUUAAUUGAUGAGUUUACCACAAGGAAAUGCUCAAACAUUUAUAAUAACCAAUGUGAUGAUGUAAGUUUUGGGAUACAUUGUGAAAAUGUUAGGCGGAGUGACGUGAAAAAUCAUUUUUGAAUAUGUUGAACAGUGAGUUUUAUGUCGAAGAAUUACAAUAAUUUUUAAUUGAAAACAAAAACGUUUUGAAUGCAAUAAGGAAAAUGGAAAGAUUUUUAUUGAUGAUAUUUUAGGAAAAAAGUUAAUAAUAGUGAAGAGUUUUCAUAUAAAAUAUUUUUUCAGUCUUUGACGAUUUUUUAUACUUCAACAAUAAAAGUAAACUUCUCUUUAUCAAAAUGCGGUUUGUGACGUCAUUAUUUGGAGUGAGCUUACCAAAAAAUAUGGGCUGGCAAUACAUGAAGAUUGGAAGAAAUGCCAUAUUCGGGAUUCGCCCAAAGAGAAAUCAAGAUCAAAUGUGCGCUGAUAGAGUUCCGAAGCCCCUGAAUCUACUUAUCUCACGGAAAGGAAAAUUCCGCCACAGUCGAAUAGCUGCUAUACUGUUUGGUUUGUUUGCACUGGCAAUCGGCAUUAUUCUCAGUACUAUUCCCUGGCUUGACUACAUGAUUUUAAGACAAUUGAGAUUGUGGAAUGGUUCACUGUCUUUCCAAUACUGGCAAAAGCCUGGCGUCGUCAGACUCACUAAAGUAUAUAUAUUCAAUAUGACGAAUGCGGAAAACUUUUUGAACUUUAAUGAGAAACCGAAGCUGCAAGAAGUUGGUCCAUUUGUUUACAAAGAGGACAUGGAGAAGGUCAAUAUAGUUUUCCAUAGCAAUGGUACAGUAUCUUAUCGGCACAAAAAAAUUCUAAAUUUUGUUCCUGAAAUGUCGAAAGAUGGUGAUACAAGAGUUUUGGUUCCCAACAUCCCACUUUUAACUUUAUCAUCGCAGAGUAAAAGUUUACCUCGAAUUGUCAAUCUUGGUCUUUCAAUGUUCAUUAGUGGGAUUGACCAGAAGCCCUUUGUUCCAGUAACAGCUCAAGAAUUGGUUUUCGGAUAUGAUGAUCCAUUGGUCAGCAUUGCUCAUAGAUUUUUUCCAAAAGCAAGACGGCCUAUGCGACAAAUGGGACUUUUACUUGGGAGAAAUGGAACUUUGGAUGAGGUUUCAACGAUUUUCACGGGCCACUCAGAUAUGAAAGAAUUCGGACUUUUAAAUCGAUUAAAUGGACUCAAUAAACUCCCCUAUUGGUCUGAAAAACCUUGCAAUUCGAUUACGGCAUCAGAGGGUUCUUUCUUUCCUCCUCGAGACAGUACAGGGGAAGACAUCGUUCGUCUUUGGGAUAAAGAUCUUUGCCGAGUUUUACCACUGAAAUACCGAGGGCCUGUCAUUAACGCAGGCAUUAAUGCAGACUUUUAUACGCCCAUAGACGACGUUUUCGAUCCUCCGAGCGCUGAAACUCCCGAUAAUGAAUGCUUUUGUCCUGAAGAUCCAAAAAGCUGCCCACCAAAAGGCUUACAGAAUAUUAGUCCUUGUCAAUACAGCGCACCGGUCUAUUUAUCAUUUCCACACUUUUACAAAGCAAAUCCAAAACUUCUCGAAGGUGUUUCGGGCUUGCAGCCGAAGCAGAAAUUGCAUGAAACUUACUUCAAAAUACAACCGCUUGGUGUGCCUAUGGAGGGAAAAGUACGAGUUCAGUUGAAUCUUAAAGUGCAACACCAGCCGGAUAUAAAAGCAGUAUCAAAUUUUCCCGAUAUCAUUUUCCCUAUAAUGUGGCUAGAAGAAGGUAUCGAUGAACUCACACCAGAAAUAAAAAAAUGGGUUUACCUUGCAACAACCUUUGCAGAUAUCGCUGUUCCAUGCAUCGCUUCAAGUGUCAUUCUUCUUGGUGUUUUGACAUUAGGAACUGUAGUUAUAAAAGCACGAGUUAAUAUUAUUCCGACGCAUGAAGCGAUAGAGCUCGGAAAACGAACGAUUCGAAAAAGUUCAACGUUUAUCAUUAACGGCCAAACUCGGACACUUGUUGUCAAAGACUCGUAUAUAUUGCUGGAUCAUAACAUAGAAGAUGCCAGACCAAUCAUUAAUAAUUGAAAAAAAUGUUCUUACCUCAAAAAAUGUAAUUCUCAACUUUGAGAAGGUCAAAUUAUGCAUGAAUGUAAGAUUUAGUCAAAUUACAAAAAUAAACACAUAACUGUUGACUGCCGGAUAUUGGAAAAUAUAUUCGCAUUUUUGACAUUAGCAAAUAAAAUUCCUAUGUGUGCCAAAGAAUAUUCACUUAAAAAAGGUGUGAUUAUACAGAAUAUCAAUGAUAUCAUGGUUUCUAGAAAAUGAGUAAACAGUAUAUAAAAGAACUACAGUCCCCUUAUUUAUCCAAUUUGAAUUAUGUACUAUUGAUUAAUUAUGUGUAAUCAGUUUCGAAUAAAACAAAAGUUUCAUAAAAAUAUAUAUACAGGACUAUGAUAUGCAGCAAUUGUAAGA